GCCAAAAACUAAUGGGGGGAGGGCAACUACAUUAAUUUCUUUUGUUGUCAGCAUCAGACAUAACACUGCACUCAGACAAGGGGAGGCAGAGGGGUGUUUCACUGGGAGAUCUCACACGUGAGCGGUUUCUGUCUCUGCGUGUGGGUUGGGGGGUGCACGGGGUCAUGGGGCACAUCUGUCCCCAGCAUAGUGCCCCACAGCUCCAAACUUGGACACAUUUCCCAGCGAGCUCAACCCUUCUCUGUGAGUCAUGGCAUCGUGUGCAUUAUUCGAGUGUACAAAGCAUGAGCCUGUUGUGUACUCUGGGAAGAUGGUGGAUGAAUCUUAUUCUAUCAUUUUUAGAAUUGUUUGCGUGUUUACUUUGUUGUUCUGUUUUUUCCUUCUGCACAGCAGCUUGAUGAAAGGGAAAAUCACUGAAUAACUGUUUCUGUAGAUUAAAGCUCUGAACGCCUUAUCUGAUUCAUGUCCUGAUGGACACUGAUGUGUAGCUACCGAAGCGUAGAAAUAUAAGAGGCAGUGAGAUAUACAUGCCAAAUGAUUCCAGCAACAAAGCAGUUUCUAUUUGCAUUAUAGAGCGUAAUAAUUGUUAUUAGCACAACGAGUGCUUCUGCAGCGUUUGGAAUUGUUUCCAAAGUGCUGUGCAAACAAUCUAUUCGAAAAAUCAACAAUCUCAAACCAAGAAUGUCUUCAUAAAGUGGAUAUUUAUAAGUUGAUCUUAGAAACGGCUUUGUAUCCUUUGCUAAAUGUAAUAUAAAGCGCUUUUGGUUUCAGGGAGCUUCACUGACAGAUUAUUUCCUACCUGCCACUAUCCUCUGUCUAGUCCUGCUUUCCAGUCAUGUUCCCUGUAGCAGAAAUUGGAACAACCCCAUAAACAAUAAAGUUUUUAUGAGGAGGGUUUUGGGUUACAGAAGUCAAAGUGUGCUCUAAGAGGACCAAACACUCAGGUGUUUGCUACAACCACUCCGCAUAUUUCACAAAGUGUAUGCGCUGAACACUGCCUUCCUACUCCUGCCCUAAUGGCUUUUUGUUUUUUCUCCCAAAACUCGCAAUAUCAGUAGGGUUCAUGUUGUGCCAGGGCACAGAUAGAGGACUCCUAGAGAAAAAAAAUGCAUUAAGUUACACCCAAAUCCAGAGAGAGAAAAUCUGAGUUACUUGUGGCUUUUGGAAAGUGUACUUCAAUACUGGAGAAGGAGAGAGAAAACACUGGGGUGCAUUACAAACUGCUUUAAUUCUACCUCAGACCGCGUCUCAUCAGUGCUGAAAGUCUGACACCUGCAAAGAAUAAGACACUAAUUGGGCAGCUGCAGAAAGACAGCCAAUAGGCAACACAGCGCACCAAGGACAUGCAGGGAAAUUAGGCCAGAUGAGUUUAGCUCAAAAUACAUAAAAACUGGAGGCUGUUCAGAGCAAAUAAUGAUGCUUUAAAAUAGCCUUAAAACUAGCUCAAGCGGAAGAGGAUAUUUUCUGCUGUGGUUAUAGUCGUGUGGAUCAGGAACACAGCAGCAGAAUUACAUCCACUGAACCAAUACCUCACUGGACUCAGCUUUCUGCCUUGUUUGCUUCAAGGAUAACUGUAACAACAACCUAUCUGUUCCAUGUGAGUGAGAUCAUUACAAUUAUGCCUUUUCCCCUAGGACCUGCAGCAAAGACUACAAAAGACAUUGGAUUCAGAGAAACAGAAAUCUAACUUUCACCGGUUUGCCAGCCUAAAAUUAAACACGAGCAAAUUUCCUACAGCAUGUCUGUGCUGUCCAGAAAUCAUUCAGCCUUAUCACAAGAAACCCACAGUACUUACAGUGCUAGAACAACUUCUGAGUCAAUGAUGCCAUCUGUAUACGAAGAGUCAGUCUGUGAGAGUCUCUCUUCUAAACCUGGGAUGGAAACCUACCUUGUGUCAGAAUUCCCAGAAGAAAAUGAAGAAUGGAAACGGAAAAAUCCAUUUACAAUUCCUCCAGAUAUUGAUAUUUUUGCAAUAAGGAACAAGGAAAGAAAAAAGGCAAAGGCGGAACGUGAAAAGAUGAAGACCAUGAGAAUUCAUGAGAAAAUGACUUACUCUGUUAAAAUCAAGGCAAAGGAAAAAGGGGUUAGGAAGGCUUUGCAAAAGGAGGAGGAAGAAGAAAACAGAAAACAGGCAACAGAUGAAGAGAGACUGAAAGCUCUUCAGGAGUGUCUUUCAUGGAAGAUAGCCAUUAAAAAAGAUUAUCCAUUAGAAAAAGAAACUUUCCGUGACUACAUAAAUGACAGAAGAGAGAUAUUUUUACUUGAGUAUGCCAUAGGAGUAAAGAGAGAAGAAAUUCAAAAGUUGGAGAACAUAGCAAAGAAAGAGGAGAGAAAACUGGAAAAGGCUGAAUACAACCUGGAGAACGAUAUUGCCAUAUUUGAUGAGUUCCUGAAGGAGAACCAUAAAAGCUCUGUUCAAGCCUUGAAAAUUGCUGAAAAAGAAUCUGCAGCGAAAGCAAAGAAAAUAAUAGAGAUCCAGAAAAUUGGUUCCCAAAUAAUGAGCCUCCAAAGUGACAUAACCAGAUUUGAGAAUACUCUGCAAGAGUACAAGGUGUACAGAGACUUCCUCUAUCAGCUAUCUCCAAAAGAAUGGCAGGAGGAAUAUGAAAAAAAGCAUGGAAAGCUGUUGAAAACAACAUCCAGAGCUGACAAAGAAAGUGCCUCCCCUGCAGAGAAGGGCCGGGGUCUGACCUUUGGGAUGGACAUGAAUCGUGCAAACAUGUCAAGGUCCCUGCUGCCUGCAGAAAGUUUGGAUUUAAGUUUAUCAUUUGAGACCAGACCACAGCUCAAAAGCCUCCUGAAACCACUUGCAACAGAAAAUCUAAAUUCAUCAGAGGAUCAAGAGAGUGAAAUCUGCUCAGAUGGAGAUGAGGAGCCUGAGCUGUAUUUUACCAACCCCCAACAACUGCUGUCUGUUUUCACGGAGAUGGAGGAACAGAACUUUUCCUACCUCUGCAAUUUUCAGGAGACCGAGAAAAAACUAAAAGAGCUCCAACACACCUUCAUCAACGCACAACAAAGGAAGGAUCAGGAACGAGCGCAGCUGAAAGAAGUUUUGCUCACCUUGAAAUCCACUGUCACCAAAUUGGAAGAGAGAGCGGCAGACCUGAAGCUGAGAGUUCAAGACUUUUCUUCAGGAGAGCACACCACUGAUGUCCAGGAUAAAAUGCUUGCAAGCUUGAGAAAAAAGGUGCGGGAGGUCUAUGGUCACUGCAUUGGAGAAAGUGAGGAAGGCAUGAAGACAGUGGAGAUGUUAGCGGCGAUAGAAAAAAAGCUCAUUGAUUUACUGGACUACCUGGAGAAAAUUCCACCAGCAAAGAUAGCAGAGAUUGAAAAAGCCAAAAAAAAAGAACAGAGAAUGAGGCUGAGAGAGGAAAAGGAACAACAGCAGAAGCAGCUGCAGGAGGAGAGGUUGCAACGGGCCCUGGAAAGAGCACAGGCGAUCGUAAAGAAAAAGACCGGCAGAAGGCUGAUGUUCCGUUCCAGCCCACCUUCCAGGGAGAAAAAGAAAAAGCAAAGCCGAGAACAAAGGGAUAAGGAGAAGGAAGAAUUACUGUAUUAUUUCACUUGACAGCACAGCUUUUAGUAUGCAACACAGGGCUGAUACCACCCUAGAAAAAGGUUUUUCUAGCUCUAAGCUAUUUGCAACCUAAGAACUUCACAGUCCCAUGAAACUCCUCCUAGCCCAAGACCCAAAGGAAAGGAGCUACUGUCCGGCGACCACUUACUGUUUUUCUUAACUAAGGAAAUAAAAUACUCUUAUUUACUUC